UGUUUAACGUGGAAAAUGAGAAGGGGGGAAGAUGACUGUUAAGUUGAGUGUGGGGUGACCGGAAGGUGAAAGCAAGGGAGAGAGUAAAGUGAGGGAUUGAGGGAGCAAUCGGAAUAGGAAUAGCAAUGGGUGUGUCUUCAAACGAAUCCAUAGAAUUAUGCAUAUUCGAUUUGAGGAGAGGGCAACACGAAGGGCAAGAGCUCGAUAAGAUCUUGUUCUUCUUCCCCGCUGGCUUACCCUUCUCUAAGCAACUCUCUGUUAUUGGCCUCAGUGAGGGACUCAUCACUUUUACUAGAAUCUUCUCUCCCGAGGCUGCUUGCGAGGUCAUCGAAGCGGAAAGACAUUCUCACGUUUUUUACGAGGCCGAACCCGAUAUAUGGAUGGUUAUGGUGGUGGAGAAAAGCAAUGAUUCAGAACCUAUAUGGAGAGAUGAUGCGUUAAGAAAAGUUCUCAAGGAAAUUCACUUACUUUUUGUAAUGUUUCAUGGAUCUGUAAGAGCAAUGCUGGAGAAAGAACCUGGUGGAGAACUAACAAGACGUCAUUUAUAUUCCUUUAUCAUGGAUUAUCUAAGGGCAUGUAAAACGCGGUCUCCGUGGGAUAAUUGCUGCUGUGAUUUUCUUGUGGGGAAAAAACUCGUUUUACCAUCAUUUCGUGAGUGCUUAAAGGAACGUGGAACUGUGCAGAUGUUGACAAUAGGUCGGGAGGCUGCGAUUGAGGUUCAGUCACUUGUCAGGGUGCUUGAAUCAUCUGCUGGAAAUACUCCCUGCUACUCUUUGAUCUUAUUUCAAGACCUGCUAGUGUCCACAACUCUAUCUCCUGAUGACACCAUAAAUUUAUUCACAUAUGCUGUGCUAAGGUUGACUCCACAUGCUCUAUCUUCUGGAGCAAGUUCCUGGUCCUACUUACGGAAAGGAAGUACUGCAUCCAAUGUUGCCACUGAGUCUAACAUGGCCUAUCCAAGCUCUAUUUCUGAAAAUUUGUAUGGUUCAUCAGAUAUAACUCCCGGUGAAGAUAACCACUAUCAUGUUGUGAGGCCUUUACAGAGUGACAAAUGGUCCAAAGGAAAAGAUGGUUAUCUUGUCACUGAUUUAUGGGGUGCAGAGGUUGGUACCUGGGUGUUUGCCACUCCUACAGUUUUGCUUCAACAGACAGGAGAGAAAAUGUAUCUCUGCGUUUAUCAGCAUAGAAGCCUUACGUUGAUGCUUCUUAUUCCUGUAUCCUCCAUACCUAAUGGGGAGCAAGGUGUGUCGGCAGUGAAGCAGAAAGUUCUUGAAAAUGCAUCACUUAAGAUAUUGAAAGUUGAAGAGAAACUAUCCAAGGGCUGGGGUGGUGAAAAUGCAUAUCACGUCAGUGGGUACCGCUACUUAUUAGUAGACGGUGAUAGAAAUGUAUCCAGGGCUUCUCCAGCAACAAAAGUUACAACUUUAACCAAGGAGUCCUUACUUGCUAUGAAUAGGCUUAGGCAAGAGGUUGAGUUGGAGAAGAAUAGAGCAAAACUGGAUAGCAGUAAUUGUGAGAAAGAUCUAGAGAUGUGCAUUCGAGCAAAAAAUAACGCAUGGGUUAUUUCUCGAGUCACAAGAGGGAAGGAGCUUUACAUGGUUCUAGAGAAAGCCAAUGAAACGGUUCUAUAUGCCUCAGAUGCUGUUGAGAAGUUUAGCGACAGGUAUUGCAAUGGAACAUUUUCACUGGACUGAAAA